UCCCAUCACAAAACAUACUGUACGCAGAUUUUCAAUCUAUCCGAUCUUGAUUGCAAUUUUAGUAGCCAGUUUUUGCUGCUAAUUUCUGUGUUGAUUGUAGAAGAGAAUCAUGGCUGGAAAAGGCGAAGGGCCUGCAAUUGGAAUUGAUCUGGGCACGACAUACUCGUGCGUCGGCGUCUGGCAACACGAUCGUGUCGAAAUUAUUGCUAAUGAUCAAGGCAACCGGACGACGCCGUCUUAUGUGGCUUUCACAGACACCGAGCGUCUCAUCGGAGAUGCUGCUAAGAAUCAGGUCGCUAUGAACCCCGUCAAUACUGUCUUCGAUGCGAAGAGAUUGAUUGGGAGAAGGUUCAGCGAUUCAUCUGUUCAGAGUGACAUGAAAUUAUGGCCAUUCAAGGUCAUUGCUGGUGCUGGCGAUAAGCCCAUGAUUGUAGUCAAUUACAAGGGUGAGGAGAAGCAAUUUGCAGCCGAGGAGAUCUCCUCCAUGGUCCUCAACAAGAUGAAGGAGAUUGCCGAGGCUUAUCUUGGGACGUCAAUCAAGAAUGCUGUUGUUACAGUUCCUGCUUACUUCAAUGAUUCUCAGAGGCAGGCAACUAAGGAUGCUGGUGUUAUUUCAGGAUUAAAUGUGAUGCGAAUCAUCAAUGAACCUACGGCUGCUGCUAUUGCCUACGGUCUUGACAAGAAGGCAAGCAGUUCCGGUGAGAAGAACGUGCUCAUCUUUGAUCUUGGUGGUGGUACUUUUGAUGUUUCUCUGCUUACUAUUGAAGAGGGCAUUUUCGAGGUUAAGGCUACUGCUGGUGAUACUCACCUUGGUGGUGAGGAUUUUGACAAUAGAAUGGUUAAUCAUUUUGUUCAGGAGUUCAAGAGGAAGAACAAGAAGGAUAUCAGUGGGAAUCCAAGAGCUCUUAGGAGAUUGAGGACAGCUUGUGAGAGAGCAAAGAGGACUCUUUCAUCUACUGCUCAGACUACAAUUGAAAUUGAUUCUUUAUACGAGGGUAUUGAUUUCUACUCAACUAUUACUCGUGCCCGAUUUGAAGAGCUUAACAUGGAUUUGUUCAGAAAAUGUAUGGAGCCAGUUGAAAAGUGUCUAAGAGAUGCAAAGAUGGACAAGAGCUCAGUCCAUGAUGUUGUGCUUGUUGGUGGCUCAACUAGGAUUCCCAAAGUUCAGCAACUGUUGCAGGACUUUUUCAAUGGAAAGGAGCUCUGCAAGAGCAUUAACCCUGAUGAAGCUGUUGCCUAUGGUGCUGCAGUGCAAGCGGCUAUUUUGAGUGGUGAGGGCAAUGAGAAGGUGCAAGACCUUCUGCUCUUGGACGUUACACCUCUGUCCCAAGGUUUGGAGACUGCUGGAGGCGUCAUGACUGUUUUGAUUCCAAGAAACACUACAAUUCCGACUAAGAAGGAACAAGUAUUCUCUACAUACUCGGACAACCAACCUGGUGUUUUGAUCCAAGUCUACGAGGGUGAGAGAACCAGAACAAGAGACAACAAUUUGCUUGGCAAAUUUGAGCUUUCAGGCAUUCCUCCAGCUCCUAGAGGAGUUCCUCAAAUCAAUGUCUGCUUUGACAUUGAUGCCAAUGGAAUCUUGAAUGUCUCUGCAGAGGACAAGACAACUGGUCAGAAGAACAAGAUUACAAUCACCAACGACAAGGGAAGAUUGUCCAAGGAAGAAAUUGAGAAAAUGGUGCAAGAAGCUGAGAAAUACAAAGCUGAAGAUGAGGAGCAUAAAAAGAAGGUUGAGGCUAAGAAUGCUUUAGAGAACUAUGCUUACAACAUGAGGAACACCAUUAAGGAUGAGAAGAUCAGUUCCAAGCUUCCUGCUGCUGACAAGAAGAAAAUUGAGGAUGCAAUUGAGGGUGCUAUUCAAUGGUUGGAUGGGAACCAGCUUGCGGAGGCUGAUGAAUUUGAGGAUAAAAUGAAGGAGCUGGAAAGCAUCUGCAACCCGAUCAUUGCAAAAAUGUACCAGGGCGCUGGUGGCCCUGAUGAGUCUGGUGGGAUGGAUGAGGAUGCCCCAUCAGCUGGUGGGAGUGGUGCAGGCCCGAAGAUCGAAGAAGUUGAUUAAAUUGUAGAAAUGCAGAAAUGCUAGACUAGUAUAAUAGCUUAUGUAUGUUAUAGCCCAUGCUGGGGAACAGUUACACUCUUUUUUUUUAUACUACUACUCAAGUGGGGAUUUUAUAUUUUGUGGUUGGCCAACCGGGCGCAUUACUGCUGUUCCCUGGUGUAGGUGCUUCUUUCAACUCUUUAGUUGCUAUCGGAAGUUUCUUUCCGUCCUGCUUUUUGUGCUGGGUUUUUAUCCAUUACAACUGGGUUAUUAUUACUUUA